AUGUUUCGGGAAAUGGUGAAACUUUGGGACCUUUGCAAAAUUAUACUGACGGUAGCAGCCAAGCAAGUGUUGGGUUUGAAAGUGGACACUGGAAGUGGUCCAGUUAAGCCAGUUGUAACCGAAACCUCGAAAACUGGAGCUCCAAUCAAAGCGCAGGUGUUGAAGUAUACGUUUGAGAAACAAGUUUCGAGGACAGAGGUCAUAAAUCGGACUAGAGCGCUCGUGAAGAAGGUGCUUUCAGUGGAAUCCACAGAGUCGAAACUGCUUCGUGUUCAAGAACUAAGCUCGCAUAUCAUUCAAUUUCCUCCGACGAGAAUAAUUGCCGCUCAAACAGUAAGAUCAACUGACACUGACGCGGCUCUUCGAGCCGAAGCCCGACAGUGCCUUACACUUUGCGGUUGUCAACCAGCGGUGAAAAGUCGAGGCGUAAACAUUUUAAGUAUCGAUGGGGGAGGUACUCGGGGAAUGAUGGGUCUUGAAGUUCUUGAGCAACUGGAAAAAGUUACAGAAAAGAAGAUUUGUGAGUUAUUUGAUUACGUGGUUGGUGUAAGUACUGGUGGAAUCAUCGCUAGUCUGUUGGUGGGAAAAGGAUAUAGCGUCAAUGAGUGUCGCGCUAUAUAUGUAGACGUCUCGAGAAGGCUAUUCUCGCAAAAUCGCUUCACUGGUGUUAGCGGAGUUGUGCUCAAUCAUUCAUACUAUGAUACGAAGAAAUGGGUCAAGAUACUCAAAGAAAUCAUUGGAGAAGAAUUAACACUUAUUGAAACAAGCAAAGAAUGUGUGCCACGACUUAGUAUCGUAGCUGCCGUUGUCAACUCACCUCCUUAUGUCUUUCGAAAUUACGAACCACCUGCGGGUCGAGAUUCACACUAUCGCGGUAGUACUGGGCACUUUUUGUGGCAGGCUAUUCAAGCCUCUGCUGCGGCGCCGUUAUAUUUCGAGGAAGUUAAACUUGGACACUUUCUUUUGCAAGAUGGCGGAAUAAUCGCUAAUAACCCAACAGCUAUUGGGAUACAUGAGGCGAAACUAUUAUGGCCUGAGGAACGACUACAUUGCGUAGUGUCUGUUGGAAAUGGGCGAUCGGUGUGCGAUCUGGAACAGGAGUCGAACGAUUCAUCACCGUCUACUCUAAGUUCACUGCAGAAGUUUAAUCGAAUAGUUGACAGCGCUACGAAUACAGAAGCAGUACACAUGUGUAUGCAUGACUUACUUGACCAGAAUGUCUAUUUCAGGUUGAACCCGUAUAUGACGGCUCCUUAUGGCCUUGAUGAGAUUGAUCCUAAGAAACUUAAACAAAUGCAAAAUGAUGCAAAGCUUUACGUGAGACGCAAUAUGUCGAAAAUCGAGGAGGCUUCAGCUAGGCUACUCCAGGUGGAGUUAGAAAUUUCGAAGACUAAAUUGGGAUAG